AGGGUUGAUAUUAUUGUUGUUGUAUGGUGGGGACUCACGUGACCAUCAACCGCGUGCUCUCAAAUAUGUACUGCUCAGUGCAGCUGCUUCUGCAGCACUCGACUUGUUUCACUUCUCACGCGACUCGCUUUCGAGACACAUCGUCUUCAGCUCUCUUUUAUCAUAAUCAAAAAUUGAAAAAAAAAAAAAAUAAAUAAAUAUAUAUAAACCUAUCGAUACUUUCUCCUGCGUUCUAGAAUGCGUGCUCAUAAAUGUACAUAAAUAUUACAAAAAAAAAAAUAGGGUGCAGUGUUAAUUGAACUAUUAAACUGUGUGUUAAUUUUACAUUUUUAAAUGUUUAGUAAAUUAAAUAUGUGCUCCAAUCAUCGAUUCAUUAUUCUUAUAAUCAUUAUUGGUAUCAUUACACUCGAGAUAGCAGAAGGAAGACCUCGAAUUCGUCAUCAUCGAGGGGACGUUAGAUGCAACCGAUGCGCUCCAGGUUGGGGAGUAACAAAACUCUGCACCGUAGAACGCGACACCGAGUGCAGUAAAUGUGAGCAGGGUACAUACAGCCCACAUCACAAUCUACAGUCCUGUUGGAUUUGCUCACGCUGUGGUCCAGGUCUUUACGAAGCACAUCCUUGUACGUCUAAGACUGACACGGUCUGCGAUUCUUGCUAUCGGCAUGCACCUGAUAAUCCUGACUACCGUAGAAAAUGCUCCGGGCAUAAGAAUCUUUUUUUGGCACCCGAAGACGCAAUCAAUACUGGCGAACAGAGUUCUUUAGUUAAUGAAGAAGAUGAUGGUGAUGUUGAUAAAAAAUUGCGCGAAGCCAUUCUUGCUAACGACGUUAAAGCUGAAUUUUUAAUUAAUUAAUUUAUUUAUAAUUAUUUAAUAGAAUAUCAAACACUAGUCAUCUGAGAGACGAUUUUCUAAACCCCUGUAUAUAAACUAUAUCUACAUAUAUAUAUAUAUAUAUAUAUAUAUAUAUAUAUGUAGAUAUAUAUUUGAUUGACUCUACAGAAAUAAUUAAUUAGUAAUUAAUCAAUUAAUUCUUUUUCUUUAUUUAAUUGACGAUGACACUAAUUAAUAUUUAUUCUGCUAAUUAUUUUUAUAAUUACCUACUCUUUUAAACUUGUACAGUUACAUUAGUAUUUUAUUAAUUAUUUAUAUAUAUAUUGUGUUGUAUAUAACAUGAUACAAUUUAUUAUAUAUAAUUUUUUUUAAAUACAAGAAACAUAUUUUUCAUCUACUCGUACUACAGUCCAAAUAAAAUUAUUUAGUUUUAAGGUGUGUCAUUAAAUUUAAGUUUUAAUAAUUUGAUAAAUAAUUUUAAAAAUAAAUAUAUAUUUAAUAAUUUGUCAAAAUAACGUUAUCUUAGGAAUAUUUUCAGUAAGGAAGAUAAUUGAAGUCUACGGAAAUUUUAAUUAUAUGUUGCAAUUAGAAUUUAAUAAAUCAGUGGACAUUAUUGUACUAAUUAUAAAUUAUUGUUUAGUUGAAUAAUUGAUAAAAUUUUAAGAGAAAAAAUAUAAAAUAUUAAAUAAGAAAACAAUUAAUUAUAUAAUUAAUGCAGUCUUGUUUUACUUUCAUGUAAGAUAUUUUUAAAAAUUCAAUAAUUUAUUAAAAUCAUUAAAUUGUAACUCAAAAAAAUAUUUUAUUUGUAA